AUGUGGCAGAGCAUGAGUAGCUGCCCCGCACCCUCCCUCAAAUGCAAGGGGAUCGGGGAUUGGGGGGAGGCGCGGGAAGGGGGGGCGAAACGACGUGGGCAGUACAAGGGGGGGAUGAAUAAGCGGGCUAGAAUGAGGGGGCUGUCCCUCUCACAAUACUCACAGCUCCCUCUCACAGCACUCACAGCUGUCCCUCUCACAUCACUCACAGCUGUCCCUCUCACAUCACUCACAGCUGUCCCUCUCACAUCACUCACAGCUGUCCCUCUCACAUCACUCACAGCUGCCCCUCUCACAUCACUCACAGCUUCCCCUCUCAUAUCACUCACAGCUGCCCCUCUCACAUCACUCACAGCUUCCCCUCUCACAUCACUCACAGUUGCCUCUCUCACAUCACUCACAGCGUCCCCUCUCACAUCACUCACAGCUGCCCCUCUCACAUCACUCACAGCUGCCCCUCAAACAUCAAUCACAGCUGUCCCUCUCACAUCACUCAUAGCUGCCCCUCUCACAUCACUCACAACUGUCCCUCUCGCAUCACUCACAGCUGCCCCUCUCACAUCACUCACAGCUUCCCCUCUCACAUCACUCAUAGCUGCCCCCCUCACAUCACUCACAGCUGCCCCUCUGACAUCACUCACAGCUGCCCAUCUCACAACACUCACAGCUGCCCCUCUCACAUCACGCACAGCUGUCCCUCUCACAUCACUCACAACUGCCCCUCUCACAUCACUCCCAGCUGCCCUUCUCACAUCACUCCCAGCUUCCCCUCUCACAUCACUCACAGCUGUCCCUCUCACAUCACUCACAGCUGUCCCUCUCACACCAAUCAUAGCUGUCCCUCUCACAUCAAUCACAGCUGCCCCUCUCACAUCACUCAUAGCUGUCCCUCUCACAUCACGCACAACUGUCGACCUCACAUCACUCACAACUGUCCCUCUCACAUCACUCACAGCUGUCCCUCUCACAUCCCUCACAGCUGCCCCUCUCACAUCACUCACAGCUUCCCCUCUCAUAUCACUCACAGCUGUCCCUCUCACAUCACUCACAGCUUCCCCUCUCACAUCACUCAUAGCUGCCUCUCUCACAUCACUCACAGCGGCCCCUCUCACAUCACUCACAGCUGCCCCUCAAACAUCAAUCACAGCUGUCCCUCUCACAUCACUUACAGCUGCCCCUCUCACAUCACUCACAGCUGUCCCUCUCGCAUCACUCAUAGCUGCCCCUCUCACAUCACUGACAGCUUCCCCUCUCACAUCUCCCAACUGCCCCCCUCACAUCACUCACAGCUGCCCCUCUGACAUCACUCACAGCUGCCCAUCUCACAACACUCACAGCUGUCCCUCUCACGUCACGCACAGCUGUCCCUCUCACAUCACUCACAGCUGCCCCUCUCACAUCACUCCCAGCUGCCCCUCUCACAUCACUCCCAGCUUCCCCUCUCACAUCACUCACAGCUGUCCCUCUCACAUCACUCACAGCUGCCCCUCUCACAUCACUUACAGCUGCCCCUCUCACGUCACUCACAGCUGUCCCUCUCACAUCACUCACAUCUAUCCCUCUCACAUCACUCACAGCUGCCCCUCUCACAUCACUCACAGCUGUCCCUCUCACAUCACUCACAGCUGCCCCUCUCACAUCAUUCACAGCUGCCCCUCUCACAUAACUCACAGCUGCACUCUUUGGCGGUAUCACCUCCAGCAGCAGCACACGAUAGGUGUGGUGAGGAAAAUAGUGUAA